AACGAGAAAGGCAUCAUCUUUCAACUAACAUAACGGUAAAAUCUCUUCUUCUCUAUCGGAUCUUCUUGCAGUUUUUUGGCGGCUGUUCUCCUCUUCCCUCCCCCUUCCUGCUUUGUCUUCUACAUCGAGUACCAGCGUCACACCUCUCUUUAUCACCCUCUACACGCGCGUUCGUGAAGUUGUGGUUUAAACUUAGGCGUUUCAGUUAUUUUAAUUCAGGCAUGGAUGUGGCUCAUGACUACCUAAAUGGAAAUGCCGAUGCGGGGGAAUUUUGUCCUCAUGACUCCUACCAUCACGUUCUUGCAGCCUCCACGUAUACGCUGCAAGAGGGUGAUCAUCCCUCUCGAUCCGGAAGCAUUUUACUCUUCCAUGUGGGUGCUGAAAAAGGCGCCUUGCAUUUGGUUCACCGCGUGGAUACAGCGGGAAUUUUUGAUAUUAAAUGGAGCCAAGUUGGAGGAAAUGCCGCCUUGCUUGCUCAAGCUGAUGCGGAUGGUUACUUGAGAAUUCAUAGCUUAGAGGAUAAUUUUGAUGGACAAGAAGGCAGAGGUUUUCUGCGGGAAGUCACUGGUGAAAAAGUCAGCUCAUCCAUGUGCCUUUGUGUGGACUGGAGCCCUUCAUCUGAAUUUAUCACUGCUGGGUUUUCAGAUGGAUCUGUUUCAAUAAAUUCUCUUGCAGAGUCUCACUUGGAAACAAUACAAGAAUGGAAAGCACAUGAUUUUGAACUUUGGGCCACUUCCUUUGAUAUCCAGCAACCGCAAUUAGUAUACACUGGUGCAGAUGACUGUAAAUUCAGUUGUUGGGAUAUGCGGGAAAGUCCUUCCCAACUGGUAUUUCGGAAUUCCAAGGUCCAUAAAAUGGGUGUUUGCUGCAUUUCUAAGAGCCCCAUUGAUCCAAAUUGCUUACUUACUGGUAGCUAUGAUGAGUACUUGAGGGUGUGGGAUAUAAGAUCAAUCUCAAAACCCAUAAACGAAACAUCAAUUGGUCUAAGGGGAGGAGUGUGGAGAAUUAAACACCAUCCUUUUGUACCUUGCUUGGUCUUGACAGCUUGUAUGCAUAAUGGAUUUACAAUUGUUAAGAUUGAAGGGGGGGAAGCAGAGGCCAUUGAAACUUAUCGUGAACACAGCUCACUUGCAUAUGGGGCUGAUUGGCAGAGAGGUGAAAUGUUUGAGGAAGGCAAGAGAAAAAGUAGUGUGGUGGCUACUUGCUCCUUCUACGACCGGCUUCUCCGGAUAUGGAUUCCAAAAAGUGAUAUCUUUACAUGAUUCUCUGCAUUCAAGUACAUUAUUAAACUAAUUUGGAAUUAUCACAGUUGUGUGACUCUCAGUUUUCUUUAUUUUUGUCUUUACAGAUGCGAGUCAAACAUGGCAUCUAACCGUCCUUAUCUUUUUAUUAAUUAAACUUGUGUCUGUUUGAAACAAAUAUACAGAGCACUGGUGCCUAAGUAGAACUUGACAUGUAUCCCUAAAAUAAGGCCCAGAGUUUCCUGCUGUGGCCAUGUUCACGUUGAUCAUUGGCAUAAAAUUAAAAAUUA